CGAAGAAGAAAAUAGCGCGGGUUGUUUAACUGUUGCGCCAAUAGCUACAAACAUUAGCUACAGUCUUGUCCGCCACCGACCAGCGAUAAUAGGGAUCUGAUACGACAUGGAGACGUUGGAGAGCAGAUUUGCUCAUCUUCUACAGCCUAUUCGCGACCUUACCAAAAACUGGGACAUUGAUGUGGCAUCUGAGUUAAACGACUAUUUGGAAGAGCUGGAUGAGAUGUGUAUUACUUUCGAUGGAGGUCAAACAAGACUUAACUUUGCUGAGGCGGCACUUCUUAUUCAGGGAUCCACCUGCAUCUACAGUAAGAAGGUCCAGCUGCUGCAUGAUUUGGUUUAUCAGACAAUGGAGUACAUCAACAACAGAAACGACAAAAACAAUAAAAAGGCAGCUGCAGCAGAUAGUGAAAAUGGUGGUGCGGAUGAUAACCAUGGCGAUGCUCGUGAUGAUGAACCAGAGCUCACCUGUAUUACUCUGGAGGCUUCCAAGGACACUCACCAGAUCGAUUCCACCGUGCUGCAAGUGCUUUCACUGCUUCCGGAGUCACUGAUUUCCUCUGAAACCCAUGAGAAGCAGGAAUUACCCCUUAUCAGUGUAAAGGGUGAGAUCCUGUACAGUCAGAAAGACUUCAGAAUAAACAUGUUCCACCCUGGAGAAGCCGACUUCUUUCUGCUCACCCAUGGGUCGGCUCCUUACGUUAAUGUGCGGGACUAUGAGCCACAGCAACAACCUCAAGACAGGGCAGUUUGUGGCAACGAGGCUGCUCCUCUCUCAGGUGUCUCCUUUGGAGGAGGUGAUGCACCUGAGGAGGACUUCCUGCCACUGGAGAACAGUGGUAUGGAGCUGGACCAGCAGGUGGAGGAACAUGUGGAGAGACACCAGGCUCCUGGUGAAGGCAGGGGGGUUCGAGAGAGGCAACAGGUCGAAGCUGAAAAGUCAAGAAAACCUGAGGCGCCUCCUGCUGUGAAUUGUUGGGAGCUUCACGACCUGUAUGCUAAUCUCGGGGGAGAUAAACCUCUACAGCCUGGGAAGUGCUACAAAGUACCCAACGGUCUGGAAGACAGAGGGAAGAGGAAACGAAAACAUCAGUCGGCCCUCCAGGAGUUCACCAGAUGGUUCAAAGGAAUCUAUGAUCCUCCUGAGCACAAAUUGAAAAAUGGACCGAAGUGUACAGACCUGAACUACAUCUAUUUAUCAACGAUGAAAGACAAAAUGAAGAGUCGAAAGAGGGUCAACAGGAGAAUGGGGUUGAUUGUUUCUGAUGAAGAACUGAGACAGACUUUCCUGCAGCCUGAGUCUGCAGGUGCACAACUGGUGGAGGAGCCUGCUCAGGGUUUCCAACACCCGGACCUAGACGACACAGAUGACAAUCAUCAAGACUUUCCAGAAGAUGCGCCAGCUGAAUUUGAUGAGGGAGAAGAAUUGAAAUCUCCAGAUGAUGGGCUCAGUUAUGAAGACCUAGUGAGACUGCGUGUGGAGCAGCUGGUGGCGACCUCUAAUGGCUACGUUCAAGAGACGGCCCUGUCUAGGCGAGUCAAGGAAUGGGAGGAGAACAUCAAGCCAGUGCUGGAUCUGCAGGAGAAGCGUCCAGCGUUUGACAUCCAUGAAUACGGCAACAGAAUUGUGUCUUCGCUGAGUGAAGUCGGCCAGCGGCGGCUGUUCUCCUCCUUGGUGUCUGAUCUGGACAACUUUGAAGCCUGCAAGUUCCUGCUUGCAUCCCUACAACUGGCAAAUGACUACACGGUGGAGAUCGACAGUACAGGUAGCCUGGAGGAGAGCUUGGACAUGAUGGGUCUGACACUUCUCAGCUCUCAGAGAGCAACUGACAGAUUCAAAACCAUGGAUUUGAACAUUGACACGGAUCAGCGUUCUCUUGUCUGACAGUGGUUUCGUCAUGUUUUGUGUUCCUUUUAAAGCAUACAUUUACUCAUCUUCACUCAUGAUCAGGUUGCAUUGUAUUCAAGUAUGUUAGACAUGGCUUGUCACGCACGCC